AUGCCUGUUCAACUACUGCCAGCUUCCGCCGCGGCCUUUGCGCCGAGGGCUUCCUCUGUCAACGUCGUCCUGGGUUCAAAGGUCGAGCCAUGGUUAACACAGACCCUUAAGCGCGUCAACAAGGUCAAGCGCCCUCUCAACAGCGUACCCCAGCACCAGAGAUGCCUGACCGAUAUCCUGUCGUCGCCAAAUGCCAUCUGGACCCUGACCUCCAUCAUGCUGCCCAAGCUACCAGAAGCCGAGCUGCAGACGGACUCCAACCCAUUGCUCGAGGCCAUUCGCAACUUUCAACUGCUGCACAUCGAAGCUUAUAUUGUACAUGUGGAUAUGGUCCUGCGCAACGAGGUCGCUUACAAGCUCACCCCAGACUCGAUCACGGCUCUCAUCGAGUAUCACAAGGAGGUUCACUGUGUUGAUGCCAAGGCCGCAACCUAUGACUGGUCGGAAAAGGACCAGCAAGCCAAGAAGCUGCACGAGGAUUUUGUCCAGGCCAUCAACAGGUUCGUCUUUCGGACGCACGUGUCUGCCCUCGAGGGUCUCGAAGAGGAGGGCGCCGGUGAGUUGCUUUGUGGAAAGAGCGAAGACGUCAAGAACAACAUCCUGGCCCUAAUGAAGCCGCUUCUGCCCCCGCCGCCCAGAAUCGUCGACGUCGUCCGCCAGCCUCCUCUGCUGCCCAGCUCUCCAGCAGCCGCAAGCAUAUGGUCGCAGUCUACACCAUCGCCAGCCGCGGUGCCUGCACCGGUAGACUCUUGGCGGGUACUUCCUUCGAGUCCCAGCGUCACGUCCACUUCAUCGGAUUCCACUCCCAUCUGGGCAAACAUGGCUAUGAGCGAGGUCCAGAUUCCGUCGCCCACGCCUCCCUUCAGUCAACCAUAUACUACCGCCGGCUUCUUCUACAGUUCGCCCAUGGUGUCGGCCCCCAUUCCGGCGCUGCCUCUACCCAGCAUGCUGACAGCACACUGCGGUAUCAAUACUGGUUUUGGAGGAUUCGGCUGGGAUCGCUAUCAAGAGUAUGCUACAACAAUGUGA